AUGCUGGCACAACGACCGUCCUUUCGCGUCAUCGUCACCGCGGGCGCGGUGGCGUCGCUAAUCCUCUUCACCUUCCUUCUCUUCCUCGGCCGCGGUCCUCGCGAUAUCUCGUCUAAAUACGUCCUGAAAACGCCCUACAAGCCUGUUAAAGAGAAGCCCACAAAAGAGUGCCCGUCUCCGGCUCCCGUUCACAAUGAAACGUGGCAAUUUCAGACCGAACGCGAUGCCCUCAACUACGGGCUCUCGGAAGAGCAGUGCCUCAGUGCCUUCCCGAAACUGUUUCUUGAGAUCGACAAGUCGGUGGCGCAACGGCAACAACACAUCACUUUUGCCGAGCUGGAGUCUCGGACUGUCGAGGAUAACCAGGCCCGCGUGAUUGUGCAUAAGGGAGAGGUAUAUAUCGUUGAAUUCGGCGAGAUGACCAACACCGCGAGUCGCGCGCGUGCCACGCUCCUCGCUCUGCAACGGGCGCUGGAGGCUGUCCCGGACCGCCACUUGCUGCCGAGCAUCGAGUUCUUUUUCACAGCGUCAGACUGGCCACACGACCCCGAGUCCGGCCCGCCGAUCUUUUCAUAUACCAAACGUGAUGCACACAACGCCACUUGGCUGAUGCCCGACUUUGGAUACUAUUCCUGGCCCGAGGCGUCGAUCAGCACAUAUAACGAGGCGCGGCGGCGGAUGAUCGAGAUUGACGAAGGGGAGAUCAACGCCGAUGGCACGCGUUCGCCGGGGCUCGCGUUCCAGGACAAAAAGAAGCAAUUGAUUUGGCGUGGGAACGUUGAUACCAACAAGGAGAUCCGCGGCAAGUUAUUGGAGGCUUCCCAGGGCCAGAGCUGGGCCAGUGUCCACCAUUUCGUCUGGGGCAAGGACGAAGUUCUCCCGCUAGAGGACCACUGUCGGUAUAUGUUCGCCGCACAGACCGAAGGACACACCUACUCGGGCCGCGGCAAAUACUUGUUGAACUGCCGCAUGGUUCUUGUCGCGCACUCGAUGAUUUGGCGCGAGGCCCACCACGCGGCUAUGAUCGCGUCGGGCCCCGAGGCUAACUACGUUGAAGUCGGCACCGACUAUUCGGAUUUGCCCCGCAAGAUGGAGUUCCUCAUCGAUAACCCUGAGGUCGCUCAGCGCAUCGCCGAUAACGCCGUGCGCACCUUCCGUGAUCGUUAUAUCACUCCCGCCGCCGAGGCGUGUUACUGGCGCCACCUGAUCCGUAAGUACGCGUCUGUCUGUGACUUCAAGCCUUCCUUGACCCAGAUCAAGGACGGGAAGAAGGUGCCUCGUGCCACUCAUCUUGAGGACUGGCUUCUCCUGAAAACCAUGAUGAAAACAGACACACAACAGAAAAAGAAGGUAGAAAACAUCAAGACGGAAAACACUAAGACGGAAAACACGCAAAACAAGGAGCAGACCUGA